GUAGUCGGAUGGGCCUAACUGCCCAGAAAAUAACUUAAAGAUCUGCUAUCUGCGCAGGUGCUACGUACGUUUUUUUUUUUUUUUUCUUGGCCAUUACUGAAUGGCUCCAAUGUGUCAACUGCACUAUACGGCAAGCGAGGACACAGAACCGGGAUUGGGAACCGAGACAGCAUGUAUUUAUUGACAAGAGUCGGUUAACGUUGCGUAGUUUUAUAGCCGAACAUAGUGGAGAUAGUCGUCGUUGUAUAGUUCAGCCGCUGACGAAGCCAUGUUUCGGCAAACGAAGGCGAUGCUCCAGAAACUUCGAUAUCUGAGUUUCAAUGGACAGCAGCACACUUGGAGGCUGAAGAGCACUUCAGCAGAGAGGGCUCUUCAGUACCAACAAGGACAGAAAAUCCAUGGCUUCACAGUCAAAGAGGUUGUAGCGGUACCUGACUUGUUUCUCACAGCAGUGAAGCUGACUCAUGAUAAAACUGGAGCUCAGUACCUGCAUGCGGCCAGAGAUGACUCCAACAACCUCUUCAGCGUCCAGUUCAGGACGACCCCCAUGGACAGCACAGGGGUUCCCCACAUCCUGGAGCACACAGUCCUGUGUGGAUCUGAAAAGUAUCCUUGCAGAGACCCUUUCUUCAAAAUGCUCAACAGGUCUCUGUCCACCUUCAUGAACGCCUUCACAGCCAGUGACUACACCAUGUAUCCGUUUUCAACCCAAAACGGAAAAGACUUCCAGAAUCUUCUGUCCGUCUAUCUGGACGCAGUUUUCUUCCCUUGUUUACGAGAGCAGGAUUUCUGGCAGGAGGGCUGGAGGCUGGAGAACGAAAAUCCCAAAGAUCCCAACUCCCCGCUAGUUUUUAAAGGGGUGGUGUUCAAUGAAAUGAAGGGGGCCUUUUCGGACAAUGAGCGUCUGUACGCCCAGCACCUUCAGAACAAGCUGUAUCCAGACCACACCUACUCUGUAGUGUCAGGAGGAGAACCUCUGAUCAUCCCCGACCUCACCUGGGAGCAACUCAGACAAUUCCACGCCACACAUUACCACCCCAGUAAUGCUAGGUUCUUCACCUAUGGAGAUUUGCCUUUGGAACAGCAUCUGAAGCAGAUUGAAGAAGAAGCUCUGUCCAAGUUUGAACGCAUUGACCCAAACACAGAAGUGCCCCCCCAGCCACACUGGAGCAGCCCUAGAGAGGACCAUGUGACCUGCAGCCCUGAUGCUCUGGCACCGGAUCCAACCAGGCAGAACACGCUGUGUGUGAGCUACCUGCUGGGAGACAUCACCGACGCGUUUGAAGGAUUCACUCUCAGUCUGCUGUCCUCUCUGAUGAUCUCUGGACCAAACUCUCCCUUCUACAAAGCGCUCAUUGAACCCAAGAUAGGAACCGACUUCUCCUCUGUUGUAGGAUACGAUGGCAGCACCAAAGAGGCGUCGUUCAGCAUAGGACUGCAGGGAAUGGCUGAGGAGGACACAGAGAGGGUGAAACAAAUCAUCAACCAAACCAUAGACGACAUUAUAGAGAACGGCUUUGUGGAGGAAAGAAUCGAGGCUCUCCUCCAUAAGAUUGAGAUCCAGAUGAAACACCAGUCCACCAACUUCGGUCUGUCUUUGGCUUCGUACAUAGCAUCAUCGUGGAACCAUGACGGUGACCCCGUACAGCUGCUGCAGAUCAGUGACAGCGUUGCCACGUUCAGACAGGCCCUGGCGGAAAACCCUCGCUUCCUCCAGGACAAAGUCAAGCACUACUUUAAGGAGAACACACACAGACUGACCCUGUCCAUGAGCCCAGACGAGGCCUACCUGGAGAAACAGGCCAAGGCUGAGGAGGAGAAGCUUCAGAAAAAGAUCCAGGCUCUGUCUGACAGUGACAGAAAGGAGAUCUACGAGAAAGGUCUGGAGCUGCUGGAUGCUCAGAGUAAAACCCAGGACGCCUCCUGUCUGCCUGCACUGAAAGUGUCUGACAUUCAGCCGACGAUACCCCUCACUCCCGUCCAGAUCAGCACUGCAGGAGGCGUGCCGGUUCAGUACUGUGAGCAGCCCACCAAUGGCUUGGUUUACUUCAGAGCCAUGUGCAGUCUCAACACCCUGCCAGAGGAUCUCAGGCUUUAUGUCCCACUCUUCUGCAGUGUUAUUACCAGAAUGGGCUGUGGAGGUCUAGACUACAGGCAACAGGCCCAGCAGAUGGACCUGAGGACAGGAGGCAUGUCUGUCUCCACCCAGGUCAUCCCUGAUUCCACGCAGCUGGACGUGUACGAGCAGGGUGUCCUCCUGUCCUCGUCCUGCCUGGAGAGGAACCUGCCUCACAUGUUUCAGCUGUGGAGCGACAUAUUCAACAGCCCCCACUUUGACGACGAGGAGCGCCUGAGAGUGCUGGUGAUGAUGUCGGCACAGGAGUUGGCCAACGGGAUCUCAUACUCCGGUCACAUGUAUGCCAUGACCCGCGCGGGCCGUCACUUGACUCCAGCGGGAGACCUCCAGGAGAGUUUUUCUGGAAUGGAACAGGUGAAGUUUAUGAAGAGGAUAGCUGAGAUGUCAGACCUCGGCCCAGUUAUCAGAACACUACCCAGGAUCAAGAAACACCUCCUCAACCCAGACAGCAUGAGGUGCGCGAUCAACUCAACUCCACAGAAACUGUCCGACACGGCAGCACAGCUGGAGAGUUUUAUCAAGGACAUUGCUGAAAACAGAAGAGAGCGCAAACCUAUCAGAGCCAAUGUUAUUGAGAGACCAUUAGACCCUCUGGAUGACUCUGGACCGAGCAGGAAACUAAUCUCUGAGCUGAAUUUCCAGCCGUGUCAGAUGAAAACCUUCUUCCAGAUGCCCUUUCCCGUCAAUUUUGUCAGCGAGAGUCUGCGAACGGUGCCGUUCUCCCAUGAGGACUACGCCAGUUUGUGUCUCUUGGCGAGGAUGAUGACAGCUAAAUUUCUCCACGGAGAGAUCCGAGAGAAAGGCGGAGCCUAUGGUGGCGGGGCCAGGAUGGGAGGAGGGGGCCUGUUCUCCUUUUACUCAUACAGGGACCCCAACUCAGUGGGGACGUUAUCUGCAUUUCGUAAAGGCGUUGACUGGGCAAAGUCGGGACAGUUCACCCAACAAGACAUCGAUGAAGCCAAACUGUCGGUCUUCUCAGCUGUCGACUCACCUGUGGCCCCCGCAGACAAAGGAAUGGGUCUUUUCCUCAGUGGGGUCACAGAUGAGAUGAAGCAGAGUCACAGAGAGAGACUCUUCGCCGUCACUCAUAAAAACCUGGUGGACGUGGCCAAAAGGUACUUAAGCAUCGGUCAGAGGACGUGUGGCGCCGCCAUCCUCGGUCCAGAGAAUGAGACGAUCGAGAAAGAUCCCUCGUGGAUUGUAAAAUAAUCCAAUCAGCAGGUAUUUUCUGAAGCGCACAAAACAAAGAGGAGGAAUGUGGCCUGAGAAGUGUUAUAGUCAUAAUCUGAUUCUUCAGAUUAGUCCUGUUCUUCCUGUAGAUUCCAUUCUGUACAUAUCUAUGAAAAUGUAUCUAUGACGUUGUCAUUUUGGAUUAUAAAAUCUGAGUCAGCACUUUAUUUACCAGUGAUUUUAUGAUCAUGGAGUCGGUAACAGUUUAAAAGCUUUUUGUCAUGGCAGCUGAUGGAGUGAUGUGCUUUUCUCUGUAGUAGAGGGAUUUAAUGUUUCCUCUGUGGCUGAAGAAGUGAAACGUUUCAAAACCCACACUGCAACAUCGAAAAUAAAUCUUGAAUUUUUGAUUUUGGAGAAACGCAUUUUUUCACCUGGCGUUGAGCACGAAGCUUACGCAAAUUAAUGUAAAUGCUUCAUGAAAAUUACUUGUUUGAGAUAAAACAAAUAACCACUGCAAACAGGUUUAAUGCCAAUUAGAAGUAUUUGCUACAUGGUGUUAACGUCUGUCGCCCCUGUCAGUUUCAUCGAUACAUCGUCUCGUCGACACAAAACAGUCUCGCAGCUUUCCACACAAUAAAUGCUUUAUUACUCUGUGACAGGACACCAACAUCACACUGCCAGCACACAAAGUUAAUGCCGCGUACAGUUUCCGACAUCCUCCGCUUCACUACCAAACUAUAGCAACAGCAGGACCCUACUCACAAAUAACCACAUACAAAGCCCAGGGCGGAUACGACAAAGGCAAGGCCACACACACACACACACACACACACAAAUACACAUGCACACAAUUAGCAGGUGACAGGACACACGCAGCCAGCUCGUCCUAAAGCCUCUCUAAACCUACUGUAGGUCACAGUUUCAAAGGGUUUUAGCGUUUUACAAUCAAAGUGGUAGAAGUUUGUUUGAGGUGUGAACAGUCGUAGACUGCUAGCGUGCGAUUCUCCUGGCGUGUGUUCCCUCGUUAGAAGUAGCUUUAGGGGAUUACAUUAAUUACGGGGCUCAAAGUGCUGUAGAAAAUAAAAACGACAAAAGCAAGACUUCAAAUGCAUCACCCACCUCAGCCUUGCUGUGUUUAUGCAACAACAGAAUGCUCAGCUAGGUGUCUUUAAAAAAAAAAAAAAGAAUGUGUGCGUGUAUAUAUAGAUAUAGCUACAUUUCCAGGACUAAAACAUGAAUACAUGUACAGUACAUAAUGAGGAGUGCUCAUGUAUAUAUUUAGGUAUAUAAUAACUCUGAUUGGGGAUCUAGAAAAUACGAUGCUAGUGCUGCUAGCCUGUCGAAACUACCUAAAGUGUUCCACUCCAAAUGACAACCCUCAAAUUUUAUGUCAUUAUCUAAAAUAUAGAAGAUCCCGUCUGAAAAGUACCAUGACUUUACCAUACAAUAGAACUUUUUUUUAUAUGAUCUACUAUCUUUUAAAAGCUACCUUUUAAUUUAUUUGCAGUCAGUCAGCGGUUGAUCAGUCAUUGUGUGAGUAGCCGUCACUGUUUUGUGAAGCUAUUUAAUUUUAGAGUGAAGCUCUUGGCCGGUGGCAGCGUGGCGGUUCAGAUGACCGACGAGGUCUUGCCCUCUCUGGGUCUGACCCUGGUCACGUGCUCCAGCUGGCCGGAGUCGGACACGUCGUAGCUCGUCUUGUACUUGGCCAGGAUUUUCAUCAGCGGACGGAGCUUCAGCCACCACUGCUCCUUGGGGAUCCUGUGGCUAAAAGGACAAAAUACGAGGACAAGGUGUUUUUUUAACAUAAAACUCGCACUGAGACGAUGUAGAUUCUCUUUAACUUAAGAGUUUUUGGGCAGGACAACUUGUUGGAAAUGUUCUCUGCUCAGAAAAGAUUUUUGGAAAUAAAUAAUGAAUAAAAUCAAAAAUCUCCACAACACAAAUGGCACAACUGUUGUUUAUGCUAUUAUUUAGUUUUAGUAUUGGCUAAGUCUGAAUGUCUACACAGAGAAUGAAAAUCUAGAAAAUUUAAAUAGUGACUAUAUUUAAACGUUGUCGUGGAUUUUUUUUUAAAUAAACCAAAAAUUAAACUUAAUCAACCGUAGAUUAAACUUACAAUUGAAAUUAUCUUUUUGUAGAUCAUUAUUAAUAUUCAUUCCUUAAUAUUAGCACAAAGAGUGGAGGAAUGUGGAAACAGCUAACAAAGCUCAUACUU